AUGGGACCACUGCAUGAGGUGCAGCGGCAGAGCGGACGUCACAAUGGCACAGGCCACCCACAGGCCGCCCGCAGCAGCGCAGUCGACGCAAAGUGGCGAGCGGAGCAUCCGUGGCUUGCAUGGCCUUGGGUGGGAAGCUUCCCGGCAAACCUUGCCCCAGCUUUCGCUCCCGCAACUGCCCCCCAGGCCCCAGCACGUCACAAGCACCUGGCGGGCACCUCAGUCGAGAGCGCGGAACCUUAG